UCGAGCACGGCGGCCAGAUAGACGGGCGCGCCAGCCCCGACCCGCUCGGCGUAGUUGCCCUUGCGGAGCAGACGGUGCACGCGGCCCACUGGGAACUGCAGACCGGCCCGGGAUGAGCGGGACUUGGCCUUAGCACGGGCUUUACCUCCUUGCUUUCCGCGGCCAGACAUAGUGACAGAAAACUGAAAAAGAGAGCUAUUCAGGAAAACAGAAUGCAAUUGUGAGGACGAGCUGCACCAAAUGCUUUUAUAGGUUUUUUGGGUAGCCAAAAGGAGCCAUUUCAUUGGUCAGAAAGUCCCUUCGUUACAUCAGCCAAUAGAAGGUUAGAACCUGAAUCCGCUUAUUUGCAUUAAGCAGCAACAGGACAUUCUCCAAUCAGAAAAUGUUAAAAGAAAACCUAGUUUGCAUACAUACCCUAUAAAUUCCUUCGACUCCAGAGCCAUACGAAGUUGUGUGUAAAGACAUCUUCCCUUCCGAAAUGCCUGAUCCAGCUAAAUCUGCUCCGGCGCCCAAGAAGGGCUCAAAGAAAGCCGUGACCAAGGCGCAGAAGAAGGAUGGCAAGAAACGUAAGAGAAGCCGCAAGGAGAGCUACUCCAUCUAUGUGUACAAGGUGCUGAAGCAGGUCCACCCCGACACGGGCAUCUCGUCCAAGGCUAUGGGCAUCAUGAACUCGUUCGUCAACGACAUCUUCGAGCGCAUCGCCGGCGAGGCUUCCCGCCUGGCGCACUACAACAAGCGCUCCACCAUCACUUCCCGGGAGAUCCAGACGGCCGUGCGCCUGCUGCUGCCCGGGGAGCUGGCCAAGCACGCCGUGUCCGAGGGCACCAAGGCCGUCACCAAAUACACCAGUUCCAAGUAAACCGCCCCCCACUCUUCUUUAAACCAAAGGCUCUUUUCAGAGCCACCCACAUUUUCCCUGAAGGAACUGUGAUA